AUGAAUAUCAUUCGAAGCGCUUUGCCUGUUUCUUCUUCCGCUCGUUUAUCUAAAUACAAUGUAACUUCCUUCCGUUUAUUUUCCACAUCUUCCUGCCUACUAUCUCACAUUGGCCGUACUCCAAUAUCAUAUCCACCAGACGUCACAAUAACUCAUGACCCCAAACCAAUAUUAAACCCCAAACUAAAAUCCGAAAAAGACAAUACGCUUUUGACAAUAUCUGGCCCGAAUGGCACACAUACACUCCCAAUAAAACCAUUUAUAAUCCUGAAUUUCUCCCAUCCAGUCUUACCAUCCAACCCAACAUCAACACAAGAAUCUAAACUAACGAUCAGCGUAAUGGAUCCGCUUAAAAAAGAGCAGCGUAUUAUGUGGGGUACUACACGAGCAUUGAUCGCUAAUUAUGUUACUGGAGUUACCGAGGGACACGGAGUACCAUUACGUUUAGAAGGCGUUGGAUAUAGGGCGGCAAUUGAGCAGGACAAGCUCGCGUUGAGAGUAGGUAGAACACACCCAGACAUCUUGGACAUACCUGAAGGCGUUAAAUGUGAAGUGCCAAAGCCGACCAAGAUUUUGCUGAGCGGAUCAGACAAGAGGAUCGUCAUGCAGUUUGCUGCCGUGAUUAGGAGUUAUAGAAAACCCGAACCGUAUAAUCAAAAAGGUAUAUUUGUUGGUGAUGAGACUAUCAAGAAGAAAAUUCCCAAGAAGAAAUAA